AUGGUGCGAAUGGAGGAACAAGCGGCAGUAGGAGCAUGUUGGUACUUGUUAGGGAUCCAGAGGGGUGCAAAAUGCCUGAAGGAGCAAUGCAUACAAGCAAAAGGUUGUGGUCUUAAAGAAUUGGCUUGUGAAGAGAUUAUAUGUUAUGGAACAAGAAGGUUGGUGAGAGACGCAUCAAGACAGAUAUGGGGGGAGAACAAACAAGCAAGGUCUACCUGCCUAGAAAGUGAGGAUAACUAUGGCUAUGGAGUUUAUAAAUGGACAGUUCAACUUGUUACAAAUGAAAACCGUAUGGAGAAGAUAUUAUUUCCUAUCUUUUGGGGUCUAAUGACUUUGAGUACUUUUGGGGACUUGGAAAGCACAACAGAUUGGUUAGAAGUUGUCUUCAUUAUUAUAGUUUUAACCGCUGGGCUCCUUCUGGUCACCAUGUUAAUUGGCAAUAUCAAGGUGUUUUUGCACGCAACAACGUCAAAGAAACAGGCAAUGCAUUUGAAGAUGAGGAACAUCGAGUGGUGGAUGAGGAGGAGACACUUACCACAGGGUUUCCGGCAUAGAGUGCGGAACUAUGAGAGGCAGCGUUGGGCGGCAAUGCGCGGGGUUGACGAAUGUGAGAUGAUCCGAAAUCUCCCCGAAGGCCUUAGGAGGGACAUCAAAUACCAUCUAUGCCUGGACUUGGUGAGACAGGUACCUUUGUUUCAACAUAUGGAUAAUUUGGUCCUGGAGAACAUCUGUGAUCGCGUGAAGUCCCUCAUCUUCACAAAGGGAGAAACAAUAACUAGGGAGGGUGAUCCAGUACAGAGAAUGUUAUUUAUAGUAAGAGGUCAUCUCCAGAGCAGCCAAGUCCUCCGAGAUGGCGUAAAAAGUUGCUGCAUGUUAGGCCCUGGAAACUUCAGUGGAGACGAACUUCUGUCAUGGUGCCUCAGAAGACCCUUCAUAGAGAGGCUACCUCCAUCUUCAUCAACCCUAAUUACACUUGAAACCACUGAAGCUUUCGGACUAGAAGCUGAGGAUGUGAAAUAUGUCACCCAACAUUUCCGAUACACAUUUGUUAACGAAAAAGUGAAGAGAAGCGCGAGAUAUUACUCUCCUGGAUGGAGAACCUGGGCGGCGGUUGCUAUUCAGUUGGCUUGGAGGAGGUACAAACACCGGUUGACGCUAACCUCGUUAUCGUUUAUCAGGCCACGCAGACCCUUAUCGCGGUGUUCUUCGUUGGGUGAGGAUAGGCUCAGGCUCUAUACUGCUUUGUUGACUUCACCAAAGCCGAAUCAAGAUGAUUUUGAUAUUUGAAGGCAGUCAGAAGUCAAAACCAGCUUGCAUUGUGCAAUCCCAUUAUGUCUACAAAUAUACAGUCGUGGGCAACAUUGUAAUUUAUUUAGUACUUUUAUUACUACUUCUGAAC